AUGGACGAUGUGGCGCCGUCGGCCAUGGACUGGUCGUUGCUGCCCCUUGAUGCGCUAUCCUUGAUCUUUGUCAGGCUCGGCGCCGUCGACAUCCUCAUGGGCGCCGGCCUCGUGUGUCACUCCUGGCUCGUGGCGGCGAAGUUGCCGGAGGUGUGGCGAUCUGUCGACAUGGACAAACACGAGGUUGUGCUCCGAAAGGGCGAUGCUGUCCUGCGUCAGAUGGCGAAGGCAGCCGUCGACCGUUCUGACGGACAGCUCAGGGAGUUUGCAGGGAGGUUGUUUGUCACCGAUGAGCUCAUCAAGUAUAUCGUGGAAAGGUAUUAUUCUUCCAUUACUACUUGA